CCACACCAGCCCCAACCGUUGUCUCCGCUGCCGCCCUUGUCGUCGCUGCCCCACCGGUUCUCGCUCCAGAUGCAGGUGGCUAAUGUUCUACUAGUGUGGUGUUGGAGUUGGUGAUGGUGGCGUAGCCAUUCACGGGCUCGGUUGAGUUUUAAGCCACUCUGAAAUUUUACUUAACCUGACCUGGUUUUUUUCUUAGAACUUGUGCGAUCAGCUGGACAUAAAUUGCUUCUGAAAGAUGAGUGAGUUUCUGUUUAAUGACAUUUUCAAGGUUGAGGAUGUAGAUCCAGAUGGUAAAAAGUAUGAUAAGGUGUCUCGGAUUGUAGCAAAAAGUGAGAAGUGUGACAUGUACAUGCUUCUGGAUGUAAAUACAGAGAUUUAUCCACUGAACAAAAAUGAAAGAUUCUUGAUGGUUUUGUCUCCCUCUUUAGUUUUAAAUACAAAGGAUGGCAAGGUGUCCAUUCAAGACAAGUUUGAAUAUAUCAUGCAUGGGAGGUUGUAUAACAUCACAAAAGAAGGUUCCAAAGAUGAAUUUGAAGUGGAGGUCUAUGCAUCUUUUGGUGGGUUACAGAUGAUGAUAAGGGGCCAUGUUUCCCACUGUCUCAAGUUUGUGGUCGAUCAGAACUUGUUCUUGCUAUUAAGGAAGAUCGGAACUUAAAGCUUGUAUCCUGUAAUUGCUGAUUAAUUCUCUGAAAGGGUGAAAGAUUAAACUGAUGCAAUUUAGGCUUAUUAAACUGUCUGUUUUUACGACUCGGUAAUGAUUCAGAAAUUCAGACCAUGUAAGAAGGAUAAUAAACAUAUUUGGCUUUGUGGUUGCCAUCUUAUUAAAAGCUACCUCCUCUUUCCACAUUACCCUUAUUUAAUAAUGUUACUUAAUCACACUUUUU